UAACUCUUAUGUGUGAGUUUGGUCAUAAAAGAUUGGUGUUUUCCCCCAAACGAAAAUGGUACCACUUGAUAUUCUGUGAGGGAGAAUAGCUAUGGCAAUAUAGGAGUUAAUUCAGUGUUCUUCGUAGCCGUUAAAUAGCUAUUUCCUAAUUGAAAUUUAUUCUGAGUUUCUAAAUUUGCUAGAAACUAACAAUAUAUUAAUAUAAAAUAUCCUAUAUAUAGAAAAUAUUGUACUUAACGUUGUAAAGGAAUAAGAUUUCAUUAAUACCUCAAACAACCUUUGGUUCAUUUCAUUUCGAUCCUACCAGAAGUUUGUGUCAAUAAGAUAUUAAACUGUUUAGCUUGAGUUUGCAUAAAUUUUUAUGGCUGUUUGUUCUAAUGUAAAUGGAAGUUCAAAAAGUUAACCACUUUAGUUAUCUAUAUUUUUAUUUUAAUAUAUAUAGGAAAACAUUUUAUACUAUAUGCAAAAAGAUGAGCAUGACCGAUCAUUAUCCUAUGAAGAAACGUAAAUAUUGUCCUAACAGCAAGACCCCAAAGCGAAAUUUACGAUCAGAUUGCAAGCAAAAAGAAGGUUACACUCCUCCAUUGGCAAAAGACAUACCUUUGCCAAGAAAAAGUUUGAAAAUAAUUUCUCCAACGGUUGCCUCAUCUGAUGAAUCUUGCAUUGAAAUUGGUUGGGAUAAUAACUCUCCAAGUCCAUCAACUAUUUUGAAGUCAAGCAAGGGAAGGAGAAAUCGAAAAGAAGACAUCUCCUCACUGCUAAAAAAUUUCCCCAAAAAGCGAAGAUGCCAUGUUGACAAGGAUUCCCAUGAUGAUGAAAUACUUCUAAGUACGUGGAUGCAGGAGGAUUUAGCCUCUGGUAGCAGUGACACUAAAGCAAGACAAUCAAACAGGCGUCUAAAUCUUAGGCGUACACUACGACAAAGAGGUACAGUAAAUUUCAACAAGGAACUAAGAAAGUUUGCUGAAUUGGCGAAAGCUGCAGAAAAGCAAGACAUCGUGGGAAAUAUAAAAACGUUGAUAAAACCGUCCUUUAGGAAUGAAAAAUGUUCCCCACUUAUAGAUAAGAGUCUAUCCGAUAGUAUACUGGGGAUGGGAAAUUUCGACGACUUGCUGAUUGACGACACGAGUAGUGGUAGUAGUGGGAAGAGGAAUUCGCCUUGCAUUAUCACUGCAGUCGUAAAGACACCAAAAUUUUGUAAACGAAACCAGAAAGGAGAAGAAAAGACUGUUAAGAGAGAAUGCAUGAGUGCUAUAAGAACUGCGGGAGAUAAUUUUACACGAAAUAAUUUAACAUGUAAUAAUAGGGAAAAAAAGUGGAACUUGAGAAACUCAAAGCAGCCUGCUGUUGAGGACAAAACUACAAAAUCUAUUGUUCCACUACCGUUUAACGAUGAGUUGGAUGAUAUACUAUCGACUCAAAUGGAUCUAGAUGAUUUUACACAGGCGUUGGACAGUGGCAAAAGUGAUUCAAAGUCAGUGUUAAAUAUAAAUGAAGACGUAAUUGAUUUGACCCAGGGAAAUGGAGAUAUCAGUGAAGGUUACACCAAACUGGAAAACCAUAACAAAGAGGUCAUUGACGUCAAUAAAAACAGUAUCGCAGAAAAAAGAAAAAUAAUGAGUACACCAAAACCCACAAACUACAAAUCAAUCACGAACGAGGACUUAAUGUUCGAUUCCAUACUGUUAAAUUUCGACGACGAUUUCGACAUUGACGACGAAUUUAAAUGCAAAAGUCAGGAGACACCGCCGCCACCACCACCAAGCGUGACGUCUGAUCAACGUAAAUUAAAAACGCGCAGUCACACGUCGCCGUUUCCAUUGCGCAAAAAUAUGCGCUAUGAUAUGUGCAAAAAUAUCGGUAAAAGUUCAGCGAGGUUACCUGUUGGUGAUAAAACCUUAAAAGAAAAUAAAAAAACUCAUUUGACGUCGGCUAAGAGUACAGUUAAAGGAACACAAACUGCUAGAUUGAAUUUGGGUAUUACAAGAAACACGUGUCCUCGACCAGGCUUAACACGUAACUCAAGGCAUACUUUAAAUAGCAACAAAUCUGUAAAAAACACGAUCAAUAAACCAAUAUUAACACAUAAUUCGAACACACCUAGACUGGAUUUGGAUUUAUCUAGAAUAUGCGAUGAAAACAAAAGAGGUAAUGUUUGCGAAGUUGAAGAUUCGAUGAUAUCACCUUGCAUAACUGAAACUGGGAAAGAAAUUCCAUUAUCAUCGACACAGAAAUGCAAUUAUUCCGAAAUUGAACGAAAACGACAAGAAGCGCUACUGAAACUGAAAGCUAGGACGCGUCUGAAAAAAUGACAUUUUAAUUUUGUGUUAUAUUGUUUUCUAUUUUUUGUUGUAUAUAUAUGUUUCCCAAAGUAGCUAGAAUUUUUUUUUUUUAAUGUUUUUGUUAUUUCUUUGCAUUUCUUUUUCAUAAAAAUAAAUUAGCUUAAGUAUUCUAA